UGGCCUGGAAGUGACAUCACAUGCAAUAAACAAAGCUGUUAUAAAUACGAAUUAAAAGAUCAUUCCUGCAAGUUGCACAGUGUUCGUGCACAGUGCUCACAUCGGAUGUUUAGGACACAUUGUAACAUACACUGUACUGAAUUGUUAACUUUUGAUCAUGCUUUUCCAGUUUCAGAUUAUGGACGUUCAAAGCCUGAAACACUGGUUUUCUAACCUAACCCUGCUUUAAACAUCUCCACAACUUUAUUCCUGGCCUGUUUGCUGUCUUCCUUAGUCUCCAUAAUGUUUGUUUGCCUUUAAAACUUAUGUGAGACCUUUAUAGAGCAGGUCUUUGCUGUAUUUUGUUCUGAAUAUCCAGCUCCUCUUCUAUUUCACCUUCAGCGUUUACACCACAAGGUCAUCCUUGAAUGAGUUGAGAAAGAAUCAGAGAAGAAAGCUGCAGGCUUGGUCUUUUAGGGCCUGGAGAACAAUGGGUGUAUAGGGUGUAAGCUGUUGAAACACACAACAGAAAAGCUCGGUGAGUCUUUGCUCUGUCGCUACUUCAGCAAAACUCAGACAGAGAUGAGGUUGGUAUAACAAGUGAUGUAGAAAAUGGAGGCAGAAGAAGCAAAAGAGGAGACCGGGACUAGUUUAUUACACCAGAUGAAGAAGGAAAAGAUGGAGGACGAUGUGAAGGUCGUGCUGCAGCAGCUGACGAUGGUAGCCCAAGUCCCCAGCGAUGCUGCUGAUAGAACAGAACUGGGAGCUCGUUAUGAAAAUCUCCUCAGCCAGUUAACCAAACAGCACAAGUUGGAUUAUAAGAUCACAGGGCUGCUGCUCAUUUACCCCACCUGUCUGCUACAUAUCAUUGAGACGUCUGAAUACAUGCUGGAUUGUUUUUUGAACGAACUCCAAGCCAUGCAGGAACAGCCAGACUGCACCUUGCUGGGAGCUAAGGUUGCUUUCAUGUGGCAUAGUCUGGAAAGCAGACAGUUCCAGCAAUGGAGCUACAAGGUGCUGACUGCAAAUCAGAUAGAUGAGAACCCACUGUUCACCAGGCUUGAAAAAGUGGAGGAGGGCAUAGAGACGGUGGUCUGCCGCGUCCUGACGCCGCUGCAGAAGCUGGUCACGCAUUUAGAAACUUCUAAGGACUUUCCAGGCGCCAUCUUGGAUAAGAAACCAGAGUUUUUGAAUCCUCCCGAGGUUUUGGAGCAGCUUUUGGACCGAGAUGAACUUUUAAGUCCCCAGCAGUACCUGCAGAUGUACCACAGCCCCUUAAACAUCAGCAUUGACUUUGGACAAGUCGAUCUCAGAUCCUUCUUCUAGAGCUUCCAGCUAUCUGUCCGUCUGUCUGUUUGAGCACCAUGAAAAACAUCCAGUUUACAGUGAAUGUUUGUGUUUAAAGUAAGAGAGCAUGUUGGAAACUUAAUGUAAUAAAAGUAACACUGUUUUUAAAUCACAUCAAGUGA